GUUUGGCUUGAGCAACAAGUUUGAUACAGAAUUUCCUUCUGUUCUGACAGGGAAGGUUGCCCCAGAAGAAUUCAAGACCAGCAUCAGUCGUGUGAAUGCCUGUUUAAGAAAGAAUCUUCCUGUCAAUGUAAAAUGGCUGCUUUGUGGCUGUCUGUGCUGCUGCUGCACACUGGGCUGUAGCCUGUGGCCUGUAGUCUGUCUUAACAAAAGAACUAGAAGAUCAAUUCAGAAGUUAUUAGAAUGGGAAAAUAACAGACUAUAUCAUAAGCUUGGUUUGCACUGGAAGCUGAGUAAAAGGAAAUGCGAAACUAGCAAUAUGAUGGAGUAUGUAAUAUUAAUAGAGUUCUUACCAAAAUAUCCCAUAUUUCGACCUGACUGAGGAACAGCAUUUGGUCUUUCAUGUUACCUGUCAUUUUCUACCCUUAGUGCCUUGUAGAUGAUUUUGGAAAGAAGAUGGUCUACUUUGCUGUGACUUAAAAAUGUUCUUCAGUAGAAUAUCUUCCUUGCUACGUUACUUUCUUUUGUUAAGAAAAGAACAAUUUGCACAUUUUUUUUAUGUUAAAUGAGGCUUCUGUGUUGCACUCAAUUUUUGACAUUAACAAUAACUGAUAUAGUUGCCACUAGGGAUCUAACAUCAGUGCUGCUUAAACUUGUUCUGAGCAUGCUGCCUUAUUAAUUUCUAUAUUUGCUGUCCUCAAACAUGCAUCCUAAUGCCGUGUCAUACUAUAUUUCAUUCUAAACGUCGCAAUCCUGUAAACCCUCAGUAGAAACGUCCAGGUAAGCGUCUAGUGGUAAUGAUUUUAGUAUAACUUGCUUGCAUAGGACUUGCAAUCAACAGCACUGGUUUUGUCCUGCACUUUGCAAAAAUCAUCAUUUACAUUAGGGGGUUAAUUAUUUUACCCACUAUGGAUUUGUAAAUAUUGACUCUUUGCAUAAUGUAAAGUGUGGUAUGCCAAGGUUUACAGAAUGUAAUAUAGCUCUUACUCUAUUGCCAACAGUCCAACAUCAGUUUAUUUGCUAGUAUCCCUCUGAUUGUAUAGACCCAUUCACAUGCUGUUUUUAUGGUAAAGCCAUAAUGAGUUUGUACAUACUAUUAGAUGUGUAGGGCUCAGUUGCACUUUGUUUAGUAAAUGGAUGAAAAAUGCACAGCAUUUCUGUCUUCUUUUUUUUAAGGUGUUCUUUG